CCCGGACGUUGAAGGCGGCCCCGGCGGCAGUUCCGGAGCGCGGCGUGCGGGCCCCGCGGAGCGCGGCGGGCCCGGCCCCGCCAUGGGCAUCCUGGAGAAGAUCUCGGAGAUCGAGAAGGAGAUCGCCCGCACGCAGAAGAACAAAGCCACUGAGUAUCACCUUGGCCUGCUGAAGGCGAAGCUUGCAAAAUACAGAGCUCAGUUGCUAGAACCCUCCAAAUCCUCGGCUGCUAAGGGAGAAGGCUUCGAUGUGAUGAAAUCUGGAGAUGCCCGAGUGGCACUGAUCGGUUUUCCUUCCGUGGGUAAGUCCACGUUUUUGAGUUUAAUGACCUCAACCGCCAGCGAAGCUGCAUCUUACGAGUUCACAACCCUGACAUGUAUCCCGGGAGUCAUAGAAUACAAAGGAGCCAAUAUUCAGCUGCUGGAUCUGCCUGGAAUCAUCGAAGGAGCAGCACAAGGGAAGGGCAGAGGUCGGCAGGUAAUAGCUGUGGCCAGGACAGCAGAUGUGGUGAUUAUGAUGCUGGAUGCCACGAAGGGUGAAGUGCAGAGGGCCUUGCUGGAGAAAGAACUGGAAUCUGUAGGAAUCCGGCUGAACAAAAGCAAACCAAAUAUCUACUUCAAGCUGAAGAAGGGUGGAGGUAUCUCCUUCAACUCAACCGUCACGUUGACUCAGUGCUCCGAGAAGCUGGUGCAGCUCAUCCUCCAUGAAUAUAAAAUCUUCAACGCUGAGGUUCUCUUCAGAGAGGAUUGUUCUCCUGAUGAGUUCAUUGAUGUGAUUGUAGGCAACAGGGUCUACAUGCCGUGCCUCUACGUUUAUAACAAGAUUGACCAGAUAUCUAUGGAGGAAGUGGAUCGUCUCGCUCGGCGGCCCCACAGUGUUGUAAUCAGCUGUGGUAUGAAACUGAACCUGGAUUACUUGCUGGAGAAGCUCUGGGAAUACCUGGCACUUACCUGCAUCUACACCAAGAAACGAGGACAGAGACCAGACUUUACAGAUGCCAUUAUUCUGCGGAAAGGGGCCUCUGUGGAGCACGUGUGCCAUCGGAUCCACAGGUCGUUAGCCAGCCAGUUCAAAUAUGCCUUGGUGUGGGGGACAAGCACAAAAUACAGCCCUCAAAGAGUGGGCUUAACCCAUAUGAUGGAGCACGAAGAUGUCAUUCAGAUCGUAAAGAAGUAACUCGUUGCUGGUGCCUGGCCUCAUCUUUAAUCACUACAAUUGGAACUGACCACAUAAAAGCAAAAGAAACCAAACAAAAAAAGAAACAAGAAAUUAACAAAAAAAGAGAAAGAAAAAGAAAAAGGAAAGGGGAGACGUGUUCCACAGCCAAGAAGGCUUCUGUGAAGCUCCUUCUCUUGGAGAAAGGCAAAAGCUGAGGCUACUCUACUGUGCAUGCAGGUGGGGAUGGGGAAGAUGAGGUUCCAUCAGGUGAAGUAUUGUCUCCUAAAAAUAAGAGCCACUUCUUCUAGGCCACAGUUCCCACAGGUAGUGGUGUCCUGCUCCUAGUAGGGACAGGGUUUGCACAUGGAUACAUGUGUUAACCUGCAUGUGGCUUGUUUAACCAGUGGGUUUGUGAGGACAAACCUGGCCCUGUGCUUUGGGACAGGCAAGCCAGGGCUGAGGGAACAUUGCUGAUGCUUUGCUGCUUAUCCAUUCACUUAGAUUAAGCAUUGAUCUGAAAGAGAAACGAAGUUCUCCCUCCCCUGCUCACUGGAAUCAUUGUCUCUGCAGCUUUCACCAUUGGAGACUUUGGUCUCUGCAUCUGAGACAACCCCUGGUAAAUUUAUCAUGGUCCCACCUCAGUUAACAUGAAAACGUGGCGCUCUGUGCCUCUCCUUAGCUCUGCAGUAGGGUUUGUAGGACACCCUGCUCCAGCUGGUACUGAGAGAGAUGAGGAAUGGGACUUUGCUAAUGAAUGAUUAACCUGGCCAAACUGCAGCAGGGUACGAUCAAAGAGCCACGCUCCGCAGCGAGGAGUCACUUGUGGCAUAUUGCUCAUCGAGGAGCUCCUUUGCUCUUGUGUCCUUUGCUCAUCCUGCCCAUUAGGCCUCAAGAAUCUUGCUGGGGAUCUCCUCCUUUCUCAGUCAUGCCCCUAAAUUGCAGUAACAGCUCUUUGAGCUCCAAGUACCACCCCAUGCCGUGGGUUUCACCCUGUGCCAUGGUUUUCACCCCAGCCCUGUAACCGUCGUUGCUUGUCUGGCUGUUUUUCAUCAGAAAUCUGGGAUUUUUCUAAUCAUGCUUUUUUCCUUCAAUACUGAUGCUAAACAAUUGAGAGUGCCUGAUAGAGAACAGCUCUUUCCUUCUGGGAUCAAGAGUUGCCAAUAGUUUUUAUUUUCUUUCAUGGAAGAAAAAGGGUUCGGUGUGAUGUGGAUCCUUAACUGUGAGGACAGGUCUGAUGGCAAACUUGUCUGAGCAGGGCUCCUUCCCUCUCCUUUGUGCUCCUCCCCACCCCUAACACACUGAUCGAGCAGAAAUGGAAGGAUUAUUUUAUUUGAGGAAAUAAAAGUUGCUAUUUCAUGUGAA